AUGCCAUCGAUCAGCAGAAGUUGUCAACGGAUUCCAGGAGAUAUUCGGGGCCGUGUUGGGAUUCACUAUGUAGAGACCACAAACCCCAAAGAUAACUUCACCUUCAAAUGCCAUCGAUCAGCAGAAGUUGUCAACGGAUUCCAGGAGAUAUUCGGGGUGAACGAUAUCGUAUUUCAUCCUCAACACAACACGUUAGUAACAAUCGGAUCUGAUGGACGUUAUUCGAUGUGGGAUAAAGAUGCACGUACAAAGUUGAAAACCUCAGAUGCAGCUCCUUUGCCGUUAACAUGUGCAGCAAUACAUUCUUCAGGACAAGUGAUGGCCUACGCGAUUGGUUAUGACUGGAGUAGGGGGCACGAAGGGAAUACCCAACCGGGCUCGAAGAUCAUGUUGCACAACUGCUCAGAAGAUAUGAAACCACGGGCAAAGAAAUAA